CAAUUGUUUUUUAUAAUUAUAAUUGUAAUUAUUUUUAUUUUACUUUUUACACCUUCUUCUCUAUCUCAGAUCUAGUUUCUCCCCCUUCUUCCCAACAAAACCUAGCCGCCGUUAGUAAUCGAAAAAAAUGAAUGUCAUAUUAGAAAUCUUUGUUGCGAUGUCUUUCCAUUGGAUCCAAUAAUUUCAUGUUUUCAGCAAUAUCUGAUGAAAGAAAACCUCACGCAUUAAAGUUUUCCUUAUGUGAGUGACUCUCUCUCUUUGUUGAAAUUUCUGGUUGAUUAUGGCCUGCUCAGAGCCUGUGAGCUCAGUGGGAGAGAAUAUGUCAGUCUCUACUGCACCCAGGAAGCCUCGGAUUUUACUUGCUACUAGUGGGAGUGUUGCUGCUGUUAAAUUUGCGAAUCUUUGUCAUUGUUUUUGCGAAUGGGCCGAAGUAAGAGCAGUUGCCACAAAUCCAUCUUUGCAUUUUAUUGACAGAACGGCGAUUCCCAAGGAUGUGAUUUUGUAUACCGAUAACGACGAAUGGUCCAGUUGGAAGAAGCUAGGCGAUAGCGUGCUUCACAUUGAGCUUCGCAAAUGGGCUGAUAUCAUGGUCAUUGCUCCAUUAUCCGCAAACACUCUUGCCAAGAUUGCUGGAGGGUUGUGUGACAAUUUACUGACGUGUAUCGCGAGGGCCUGGGACUACAGUAAGCCGUUCUUUGUUGCACCGGCCAUGAACACUUUUAUGUGGAACAAUCCUUUCACGGAGAAGCAUCUCAUUUCCAUUGACGAGCUUGGUAUUUCUCUCAUUCCACCGGUUACAAAGAGGUUGGCUUGUGGGGAUUAUGGCAAUGGCGCAAUGGCGGAACCUUCGGCCAUUUACUCCACUGUGAGGCUCUUUUAUGAGUCAAAGGCUAAACAAGGGGAUAUUGGAAAUUUUGAUUUGCUUAUUGGAAUUCUGAAAAAUAGGGGAGAGGUGAUACUAUUGCAGGCAGAGCGACAAAUAGAGUAUAAGACCAGGCUAGGGUUGUUGAGGCUGAGUCUUCCCAGAUACGGGCAGAGCGACAAAUAGAGUAUAAGACCAGGCUAGGGCUGCUGAGGCCGAGUCUUCCCAGAUACGGGCUGCACAAGUGAUUUCAAUCGAUUCACACCAGAAACAGCUGGCUGAGCAGGUGCAGUUUUGCGCACCUUGUAGCACCCGACGUCGAUCGGUUAGAUUGGUUGAGCAACCCAGAGAUGAUGCUGAGGCUGUUGAUGCCCAUGAUGUUCAUGACCCAGCAGUCGAGACAAAUGCGAUGCGUAUUGUUGUUGAGGUUGCUCAUUAGGUGGUUGCUGAUGAGGUGACAAAUGAGGUGGUCCAGGAAGAUGCCGCUGUUGCUGAUCCAGUCGUUUAACCAGAUGCCACUGUUGUUGAUCCGGUCCCAUAUGCUAUUACUGACACAGAGGUUACAGUUCCUUUGAACGAGUCGUUUGUGCACAUUGAUGGAGGAUUUAUGGGAGGAUCCAUUGACUAGUCGGUGCUGAUCGAGUAUGCUGACCAUGUGGCAUACCGACUAUGGUAGGGAGAGGUAUAUAUAUUUUAUGUUUAACUAACUAACUGCUAUUUUUUAAAAUUUUGUUUGUUAUAGGACCAUCUCCCACUAAAGGUGACAUUGCAUGGGUCAAAACUGAAGAACUUUCCAAAGACUCCGAUGUCUAAGGAAGUCAUAUGUGUUGUACGUGAUUUUGAGCAUCUUGGUUUUGCUAGCUUCUCUCUAACCAUGCUCAAUACUCCACUACUUACUAUUUUGUUGAGAGAUGGCACAAGGAGGCAUCUUCAUUUCUUCUUCCGUUUGGGGAGGUGACUAUCACUCUGGAUGAUGUCCCUUCAUUGUUCCAUCUUCCCAUCACCAACAAAUUCUAGAUGACUCUUGUUAUUAUCCCAUCCCUUACAUGUUUGACUGCUGCACGAGAUUUGGGAAUUUCUGAGCCGACCGUGCUAGAGGAGUUUGACUUUAACAAGGGAGCUCACCUUUGUAUGUAUUGGUUUCAAGCUAGGUACAAGGAGUUUGUUGCGGCACAUAGUUAUGAGGCUGUCACUAGAUUGUACAUGCCACAUCUAGUAGGUUGUACUCUCUUUACGAACAAGUUUGAUGUUUAUAUCUACACUCGAUACAUAUGGUUGUUCAAUAGUCUUGACGUUACCAGUUGGGCUUGGGGGUGCACUGUGUUGACCAUCCUAUAUACAUCAUUUGGAGGGGGGACAAUAUUUGAGACCAGACAGCUUGCUGGUUAUUUGAGUCUAUUCAAAGUAUUCUUGAAAUUAUUAUUCCUAGUUUAAUUCUUACUUAAUUGUUACGAAUAACAUUUCUUAAUUAUUAUUUCUUGUGUUUGUGUUCUUUUAUCAAUGCUGGAUAUAUGAGCAUUUCCCCACCAUUUGUGACAAGAGGGUGUAACAUUCCCUAGUGGGAAGCCCACAUGCGAGGAGAUAGAGGGCCAGACAGUCAAAUCCCACUGGUGUUGUUUAGUACAAGAGGAGGCUAGAUGCAAUGAUUGUAGAUGAUAUCAUUUGAACACCAUACAUUGAUCAUAGAGUCCACCAUGAAUUUGAUGA